ACGAUGGAUGGGUGAUAUCUUGGAUCAUUUCUUUGUUUUCUCCUGGAAGUCGAUCUGCCAUUCCUAGAUUUUGGAGUUCCAUCUGAGCUUCGAUUUCAUCUUCAUUACGUUGGCCUUGAUUUGAAGUCAAUCUUAUUCAAUGGGGAUGGGUGAUGAUUGUUGCUCAACCCACCUCAUUGAUGGAGAUGGGACAUUUAAUGCCACUGGACUGGACAACUUUGCAAAGGAGGUGAAUCUUGGUGCUUGUGGACUCUCCUAUGCUGUUGUGUCAAUCAUGGGUCCACAAAGCAGUGGGAAGAGCACACUUCUGAACCAACUAUUUCGUACCAACUUUAGAGAGAUGGAUGCUUUUAAGGGAAGGUCUCAAACAACUAAGGGUAUUUGGAUGGCAAGAUGUGUUGAAAUUGAACCUUGCACGGUCAUCAUGGAUCUGGAGGGCACUGAUGGAAGAGAAAGAGGAGAGGAUGAUACUGCAUUUGAGAAGCAAAGUGCCCUUUUUGCUCUUGCCGUUUCAGAUAUAGUACUCAUAAAUAUGUGGUGUCAUGAUAUUGGCCGUGAGCAGGCUGCAAAUAAGCCUCUUCUAAAGACUGUUUUUCAGGUCAUGAUGCGAUUAUUCAGUCCGCGUAAAACAACUUUGUUGUUUGUCAUACGUGAUAAAACAAGGACACCGUUGGAGAACUUGGAACCUAUUCUGAGGGAAGAUAUUCAAAAGAUAUGGGACUCUGUUCCUAAACCACAAGCACACAAAGAAACUCCAAUGAGUGAAUUUUUCAAUGUUGAAGUUGUGGCACUUUCUAGUUUUGAAGAAAAGGAAGAACAAUUUAAAGAGCAGGUUGCUAGUUUAAGGCAGCGAUUCUUCCAUUCUAUAGCCCCUGGUGGACUUGCUGGAGAUCGACGGGGUGUAGUUCCUGCCUCAGGGUUUUCUUUCAGUGCACAACAGAUGUGGAAAAUUAUUAAGGAGAACAAGGACCUUGACCUUCCUGCCCACAAGGUUAUGGUUGCAACUGUACGUUGUGAAGAAAUUGCGAAUGAAAAGUUUUCUUCUUUAACUGCUAAUGAGGAAUGGUGUCAACUGGAAGAGGCUGUCCAGUCUGGACCAGUUCUGGGCUUUGGAAAGAAGCUGAGGGUAAUCCUAGAUACUUGUUUAUCAGAGUAUGAUGCUGAAGCUAUUUAUUUCGAUGAAGGAGUCAGAAUUGCAAAGCGGGAGCAGCUGGAAGCAAAGUUGUUACAUCUAGUCCAACCUGCCUACCAAUCAAUGCUGGGUCACAUACGGUCCAGAACAUUGGAUAAUUUUAUGGAAGCAUUUGAGAAGGCUCUGAAUGGAGGGGAAGGAUUUGCUCUUGCUGCAAGUCAUUGUAUCCAAGCUUCUAUGACCUCAUUUGAUGAAGGAUGUGCAGAUGCUGAUGUUGAACAAGCAAACUGGGAUCCAUCGAAAGUUCGGGAUAAGCUUCGACGCGAUAUAGAUGCACAUGUUGCCUCAGUUCGUGCUGCCAAACUGGCUGAAAUUACCACUUUAUAUGAGGGUAAACUGAAUGUGUCACUAUCGGAACCUGUGGAAGCUCUUCUAGAUGCGGCUAAUGAUGAAACCUGGCCAGCAGUAAGAAAACUUCUCAAACGUGAGACUGAAUCAGCCGUCUCUGGGCUCUCUAGUGCACUUGCUGGCUUUGACAUUGACGAAGAAACAGUAGAUAAAAUGCUUGCAAGCAUAGAGGACCAUGCAAGAAGUUUGGUUGAAGCAAAGGCAAGAGAAGAAGCUGGGAGGGUCCUGAUGCGUAUGAAGGAGAGGUUUUCAACAUUGUUUAGUCAUGAUUCUGAUUCAAUGCCAAGGGUUUGGACUGGGAAGGAAGACAUUCGAGCAAUCACAAAAACUGCUCGUUCUGCAUCCUUGAAGUUGCUUUCUGCUGUGGCUGUGAUUCGUUUGGAUGAAGAUGUUGAUAAUAUUGAGAAGACUCUUUCACUUGCUUUGGUGGAUACUUCAAAUAAUGGUGUGAAAGACAGGAGCAUCACUUCAUUUGACCCACUGGCCUCAAGCACUUGGGAAAAGGUUCCAUCAUCAAAAACUUUGAUUACACCUGUCCAAUGCAAAUCUUUGUGGAGGCAAUUCAAGGUAGAGACAGAAUACAGCGUCACUCAGGCCAUGGCUGCUCAGGAAGCCAGCAAGCGUGGUAACAAUUUCUUACCUCCUCCAUGGGCAAUUGUUGCUUUGGUUGUCCUUGGCUUCAACGAAUUUAUGACACUUUUAAGGAAUCCUUUAUAUAUUGGUUUAAUUUUUGUUGCCUAUCUAGUGGUGAAAGCACUGUGGGUCCAGCUAGACAUAUCGGGUGAAUUCCGCAAUGGUGCUCUUCCAGGGCUUCUGUCAUUAUCUACUAAGUUUCUUCCUACUGUAAUGAAUCUUCUCAAAAAGCUCGCAGAGCAGGGCCAAAAUCCUGAAUCUGCCGAUGUUCCGAGAAAUCCUGCUGUAGAAUCAAGGAGUUUGGGAAAUGGCACUCAUGUUCAUAGCAACAUAACAUCAGGUGCAUCGUCUAAUGUAACAUCUUUGAAGAAUGGGAUUGAGUACUCAAGUUCUUUACAAGAAGACAAAGUGAAAUAACUUCGAAUGGUCAUCUUGUUAGCUAUUGUUGUUGGUCAACUCCGAUCAAAAGCAGCCAUUUUGCUUGCUCUAGGGUGGGAUCACGAGUGAUUGUCAAUCAGUCUAAGUGAUCUGCAAACUCUGGUCGUGUAGGGAGACAAGAUUUUGAAGGCUUUCACUUUAAUUUAGAGGCUCCACAUUAGGGGCAUGUGGUUUGAUUCCGAAAGCCCCCCAAAAAGUGUUCCUGUUAGUUUGGUUUUCUUGCUGAUUUCUGGUUUUGUUAAUAUGGAUACAAGUAGAGGGCUCUGAUUGCCCUACUGUUUUGACUUAUAAUUAAAUUUGUAGCUUGUGGAAAUAAUAAGACAGAGGGCAUGAUAUCGGCGAGGA